UUGUAAACGUGCCAAGAAGAGUAACGUUUUUACAACUGAUCCGGGAUGCAGUGAUUACCAGAGAUCUACACUUGUUCGACACGUGCAGUCCGAACAACAUAAGCAAGCGGCUUCUACUCUUAAGGGCCAGUCAGCUCUACAGCGGGCUAUAUCCACAGCGGAACAAAAAACAGAUGACAACCUCGGUCAUCAGAUGAAAACUGUGUACUUUUUGGUAUCUCAUAACUUGGCUCUAAAUCUCUACCCGGACCUUUGCCUACUUCAGUCAAUGAAGGGACACUAUACGUCAGCUGGAGUGGUAAAUGAAAUGGUUCAGUGUCUGUCAGAUACUAUUGAGGAUGACAUGAAAAAUGCCAUAGAGAAAAGUAAAUACAUAGGCAUUCAAGUGGAUGAAAGUUGCGACAUUGCAAUUUUCAAAAAAUUGAUUAUUUAUGUCCAGACUGUUGUAGGUGGAAAAGCCAGAACUUCUUUCUCUUUUCUAUUUCUAAAACAGAAAAGUACUGGUUUUAUUUGACAGAAACUUACUGAGUUUCGUUCUCUAGUAGACUAGUCCUGGUACAAUGAGUCUGCAGAAUUUUAUUUUUAAAAAGAUGUUUUGUAAGAUGUUAUAUUUUUAUUUUGCUAUAUUUUUACAUAAUUUUGACCUGUUACAUGUAUUUCAAUAAACACAUUUGUGCAAUUCUAAAUGGUACUUAUUUUUUUUUCUUCUUCAAGAGAAGGACUCGGAAAAUUUACAUGGGACUCACAUUUUGUCAAACAUGUGAGUCCCAUGGACUCGGAUUUUAAAAAAAUUAUUGAGAACACUGUGAAGCAUGCGCUUCAAUCUUUAGGUUUCAACUACAUAGAGGUAUGGGAGUGUGAGUUUGACAGGGUCAUACGGGAGGAUGCUGGCGUGAAAGAAAUAGUGGAUAGCGUGAACGUUGUCGAUUGUAUUGAUCCUCGUGAAGCCUUUUACGGGGGCAGGACAAACGCAGUCAAGCUUUUUUGUCAGGCAGAUCAGGGACAGAAAAUACGUUACAUUGACGUGUGUAGUCUAUAUCCCUAUGUCAACAAAUAGAAACCAUACCCCCUCUGUCACCCCACCAUCAUAACCGAAAACUUUGGUCCUCUUAGCGAGUAUGAAGGUUUAGUCAAAUGUACUAUUCUUCCUCCUCGCGGCCUUUAUCAUCCUGUCCUUCCCUAUAGAUCACAAGGGAAACUAACAUUUCCUCUUUGUCACACAUGCGCUGACACACUGCAGCAGACGCGGUGUGAGCAUAGUGACGAAGAGCGUUGUAUGACAGGUACAUGGGUUACGGUCGAGUUAAAAAAGGCUGUUUCCAAGGGCUAUGUGAUUAAACAAAUGCACGAGGUCUGGCAUUAUGAUCAUGUUAGCGAAUACAACCCAAUCACAAAAACGGGGGGUCUUUUCUCUGACUAUAUCAAUACAUUUCUCAAGCUCAAACAAGAGGCCAGCGGCCACCCACCAGAUUGCACGACACCACAGCUGAAAAGAGACUACAUUGCUUCCUACUUCACCAAAGAGGGCAUUCGACUAGACCCUAGACAAAUUAAGAAGAACCCAGGUCUUAAAGCUUUGUCUAAACUGAUGCUUAACAGUUUUUGGGGCAAAUUCGGUCAAUGAAUGAACAUGACACAGUCCGAAUACGUCACCGAGGUGGACGAGUACUUUGCGCUGCUGUUGAACAAAUCCAUCGAUGUAACCAACGUGAUGUUUUUAACCGAUGAUAUGGUGGAGGUACACUACAAACACCAAUCUGAGUUUAAUGAAUGCUCCGAUAAGACCAACGUCGUCAUAGCCGCGUACACCACCGCCCACGCUCGUAUGGUUCUUUACAGCGCCAUAGAGGUCCUGGAUCGAAACGUUCUUUACUUUGACACGGACUCAAUCAUCUUCCUGGACGAUGGCAGUGCACAAACCAACGCCUACCUGAAUACCAUCAUGGGUAGCUACUUCGGCGACUUCACCGACGAGUUGGAUGAGGGGGACCACAUCACCACCUUCGUGUCGGGCGGCCCUAAAAACUACGCAUACGUUACCGCAAAGGGAAAGACAAUUUGUAAAGUGAGGGGUAUUUCACUGAAUUAUGAAACCUCCCAAAUAGUGAACUAUGAGACUUUGCGUAACAUGGUACACGGUAUAGGUCCGAAAGAGGUGUCAACCACUACACACCAUAAAAUUGUGAGAGACACUCUGAAUAAAGAACUGCUCUCUAAAAGGGAGGAUAAAGUUUACCGGGUUGUGUACACUAAACGUGUCAUUCAGCAAGACUAAUUUGAUACACUACCAUACGGCUAUUAAAUUUCAUAAACUGCUGAGUAGUGUUGUUUAUAUAAUUAUCAUCUUUCAUUUUGUUGUACAUACAUUGUUUUGGUGUUUUAAUCUGUAUAUACAACUGUUAAUUCACUAUAAUCAACUUGUAAUGCAAUUAUGUAUCAUAAUUAUUAUCUUUCAGUAAAAUAGACAUUUAUGUCCAUUGUUUUAAUGUGUACAUACAACUGUUAAAUCACUAUAAUCAACUUCUUACAAUGCUGGAAGAUUUUAAUAAAAUCAUGUUUUUAUUUACAACUAUACUUGUUUGUCACUAUAUUAUGCCCUUUAUCCUUAGUAAUUCUUUAAAAUCUCCUACUGUUUUAAUAUCAAGCCCAGGCCCGUUC